AUGAAUGUUUAUCGUGGUCAAAAGACUUCAAAACAGGAACUUAAAUCAUGGCAAUCUAAUAUUGGUUCUAUUAUAACAAUGACAUCAUUUCUUUCAACAAGCAUGGAUAAAGAGAUUGCUUGUGCAUUUGCAGAAACAUUUGAUAACGAGAAUGAUGAUGAUGAAGCUACAAUAUUUACCAUCUGGGUGGAUAAAAACACAGCACCAAAAGCUAUUUUUGCUUAUUUAUAUCACGCUGAUUGUGAACUCGAUGAUCAGGAAAUUCUUUUCUCUCUACGAACACUGUUUCGUAUUGACAAAGUCAAAUAUGUAGAUUAUGAAGAAACAUGGUAUAUAAACAUGACAGUUGUAGAUGAAAGUAAUGAAGAAGUACAAAAAGUAACAGCACCGUGGAAAACAUCAAUUUUAAAAGAAAAUAAUUCUCUUCCAUCUGUAAAUGAAUCACUUAUCUAUGUGCGUGAUUUAUCAACAGAUAAUGGAGCUUUUCUUUCGUUUCAACUCUCGCUUGAUAUAGUACUUCGUUUAGAUCGAAAUGAUUUUGCUCGCCAAGAAAUGCUUUCAAUGUGUCGAACAAAAUUUAGUCAUGAUUCUUUUACAUUAGCAAAAAUUGAUCGAUUUGAAAUGACCUAUAAAUUUGAACAAGAUGCAGUGAAAUGGUAUACAGCUGAUAGUUUUCUUUAUCGUCUUCUUAAUGAAGUUCUUCGUACUGAAACUGUUGAUUCUAUUUUUAAACUACGUUAUUUUAUUCAAGAUAUUCAUAAUCAAUUAGCUUUUAUGCAAGUUGACUAUUUAAAAAGAUUACAAAGAUAUGAUUCUCCAAUUUUAAAAUUGUAUCGUGGUCAAAUUAUGACAUGGAAUGAUCUUGAAAACAAGUUUCGUGCUAAUAUAGGAAAUCUCAUAUCAAUGAACAGUUUUUUAUCAACUACAACAGAUCGUUACGUAGCACGUAUAUUCGCUGGCGAUAGUAAUAUUCAAAAUCCGGAAACUUAUGUAUCUGUGUUGUAUGAAAUUAAAAUUGAUACUCGAUUACCUCAUUCAGUACCAUUUGCUGAACUUGGCGAUCAGAGUGAUUUCGAACAUGAAAAUGAGGUACUCUUCUCAAUGGGAACCGUUUUUCGUAUUGGCGAAAUUUGUCAAGAACAUAGACAUUUAUGGAUAGUAAACUUAACUUUAACUACGGAUGAGGAUGAACAAUGGAAUGUUUUGACUGAACAUUUGCAGCAAGAAGAAGAGAUACCUAAUCAAAUGAGUACACAGGAUGGCACUUAUAUAGCUGGAUGUUUAGUUGGAAUUUCAGAAGAAGACAAUGCUGUUUUGAAUGUUAUAAGAAGUGGUGUUAUAGAAGGUCAUGCAAUUUUUACAUUACCAGAUGUUUCAAGCGAAUAUCCUCACGGCGCUGUUAUUGAAGCAUCAGGAAAAGAAUUUCGAAAUGCAAUUAAUCUAGCUAUUAUGAAAGUACAAGCACAAGGAAUAGAUUUUGAUUUAGCUGCGAAAUAUCAUGAAAAUAUAGUUGAUGUGAGAACCUGUAAAAUUGACAACACCGAUGAGUUUCCUAUUCCAAAUCGUGCCGAAGCUACAGGAUUACUAAAGACUGUAUUAGAAAAAAGUAUUGUUCUAGUAGGUUCUUCUGGAAAUUUAAACAGUACCGAAUCCGAUGAAGGCGACGAAGAAUUUCAAUUUCAUUCAGCAUACUUAAACGCAAUUUUGGACAAAUUUGCGCAACUGAGUGGACCCGACGGUAUCGCAUACGGAAGACCUAAUGUUCAGCGAGUUUAUGCAAGGUCAUCAACUGCAAAUUUACUAAGAGGACGUGUCUAUAUGACAGAACCAUAUUUUCUUAUAGAUAAUGUAUACACUGGUUCACGAGAACGUUGUACAAAUGAUUCAGAUUGCGUGAGAGCAAAUACGGCAAGUGGAUAUGAAAGUUGCACGAACAAUACAUGCAUAGGAUAUACUCGUCCAAUUAGUGAAGUAUUCAAAUUAAGUUGUUUCACAUAUGGAACAGAAGCUUUGUUUAUUACAAAGAAAAUUAAUAAUGAACAUGUGGUAAAUCAGUCUAAUACCAAGAUAUCUGGUGGUGUGGUAGCUGCACUUGUCUUACUAACAGUUUCUUUAAUGGGAACAAUUUUUCUUCUCGUUUUCAUGGCUCUUAAAGAACGAAAAGGGAAACCUCUAUUUGGUUAA